GAUGGUGGGGACGGGAGCGACUCGAGGCGGAGAGGAGGCACGUCGUCAUUUUUGGCGAAAUCGGGAAGGCUCGCGUCCACUCCUCCAUCGUUAUCCCGAAUUGAGAGAGAAAGAGCCUCGCUCUCUUUUUUCUUUCCAUCGCCGCGAGAAAAUUUGCCCUUUUGACUUGACCAUCGAUACGGGAGUUGCUGCUCCCCUUCUUCUCCAUGCGAUCCUGAUGACGAUGCUGACGAUGAUGGCGGCGGCGGCGGCGGCGGCGGCGAUCGGCAGCUGUGACUGCCGAGCGAUCGCCGCUUAAACUUACCAAGCAAUCUUGUCCUAGAUCCAUAAAGGACAUGAGAAGGGAUAGUCCCUCGGUUCAAGUUACUGCUCAAAUAUACAACCAACAAAUAUUGAAUGAGAGGCUUACUUGAUGGCACCCACAGGGAUGUCCAGCAGGAGAAUUAAGGCUGCAGGCUUUUUUGAGGAGGGAGUGGUGUCGAAGAGGAUGAACCCAAGCUAAAGGAAUUGUAGAAGAGUCCGUGGCAAGUGCACACUUGGAUUGUAAAUGGGAUUGCCCCGACAUUCUUCUAACAAUGAAGUGAUAGCACUAGUGAACACAUCUGUGCAGGCUACAUCUCUUGUCACCGGUGCAUACAAUCAUGACAUGACUGCAGUGCAUGAAGGGAAGCUCGGGAACUGGGCGCGUGUGAAUAUGGCUCUGGCUUCCUUUGCUUCUGCAGAGCUGCAUAGGAAUUCUAACUUUGAGAUUUCAAGGAAUCCAGAUGACUUGUACAAGCAUAAAGACAAUAAGUGGGAGGAACAAAAUUUGAGAAUUAACGCCAUCAAUCAACAUGAGUUGUUGCAUGCUAAAAGGAGACAGAUUACUCAAGCACCUGUUGUUAGGAUUGUGGGUUUUGAAUUGGGACCACCGGAUUUUCUGUCAAAUGUGGUCAAUGGAAACCCGUCUUUAUUCAGUCAGGUUAGUAGACCAGGUAGGACAAAUGAGGGCUCUGGCUCCCUAGCUAGGAAGCGUGUCUUGUCCCCUCCGAAUGGAAUGCUUCUCCCAGACCAAUUUGAUGGUGACAUUUUAGAUAUUGGCCAAAGCAUUUCUGUAAAUGGUAGUUCUCAAAAUGGCGUCUCCUUAAUGCAAGAGCAUAAAAAAGCUCAUAUUGGCAAUUCUGGUGAUUCUGACUUCACUAUCUGGUCAGCAGACUGUCUUUCAAAGUGGAAGAGUCCACUUGGAGAAGUCUGCAGGGAAAGUUCCAUUCCUCUGACUGGUGACCCUUUGCUUGAGAAAAUGGCAAUGCAGCCUAAAUCUUCUAUAGUUCCUCCUGUAACGAAUCAUAUGACAGGAACAACUAAGGUAAGGUCCUCAUCAGUUGCCAUAGACAUACCCAGGGAAAAGGCAGUCUCACCUCCAUUAUCUCUGUCUCCUCUGGGGCCAAAACCCUUUGAUAGGAUGAGACCCUCAAGCGGAUGCAAAAGCAUUCCAAAGAAGUUUGAGGAUGACCAUAUAGCCUCAAAGGACAUGGAAAGGUUUCUCGAUGGAGCUUUGACCAAUGUGUUAUCUUUUGAUGAGGGGAUGGACUUUCAGAAUACUAAAACUCUACACAAACAUCAUUCAAUACCCAAAGGGUUCGUUUCCUUUACAUCAGAGAGCACCACUGGCAGUGGAAAGCAAUGUGGUCCAGAUUUAAAGUGUAACUCUCAAUGUUGCAAAUUUGUUCAGUUUCCAGUUAGAAGAUCAUUAGUGGGUUCAUUUGAGGAGUCCCUCUUGUCAGGUCGGCUCUUAUCCUGUAAAGUCAACCAGAGAAUUGAGGGUUUUCUUGCUGUUCUUAAUGUCACUGGGGGUGAUUUUUCUCCCAAAGUGCAGAAACUUCCGUUCGCAGUCACCAGUGUAGACGGAGAUAACUACUUACUGUACUACUCUUCUAUAGAUAUAUCUGAUACCUUGGCAGCUGACAUUUGUGAGGGAGCAAAACUAAAGAGGAGCAAGAGUGUCAACAGUUCACAAGAAGAAAAGAGCUGCCUGCGUGUACCCAUGAAAGGCCGAAUACAACUAGUUCUUAGCAACCCAGAGAAGACACCUAUCCACACGUUCUUCUGUAACUAUGACUUAAGUGACAUGCCAGCUGGUACAAAGACCUUCCUGCGUCAAAGAAUCACGUUGGCACCUUCUGAAUCAAAUACUAAGGUGGAAAAUGGAAAUCUGAGAGACGCCGGUGCAAAAGUUGAUUUUUGGCCGUCUGCAAUUACACAUUCUUCGCAGCCCAGCAAUAAUUAUUCGAAUUUAGACGAUAUUGAAAAUGCGAAAAGGUCAGCAAAGCCAAAUGAAGAGGUGAAGGCAAAAGGCUUUGGCUGUAUCGAUGAUCUCCCGAAUCAAUUGAAAAAUUUUGCCAUGAAUGAUGAGCCUGCAAAGCCUGAGGAUGGGAGCUCCAAAUCAGAUACAAGUACAGUACCUACUAGUUCAUCAAAGGUCAAUCAGGUCCCUGGUGUUAGAGGCUCUUUGCGUUAUGCCCUUCAUCUCCGGUUCUUUUGCCCGUUUUCCAAGAAAUUUAGGUCUGUACGGAGGUGCAACUCUGAUCCAUCAUCUGCUCCAGCUGGGAAAAGCAAUUGCAUCGAGUGGCCACGGCGAUUUUACUUGUACAAUGACUUGAAAGUUGUCUUCCCUCAACGGCAUUCAGACUCAGAUGAAGGCAAGUUGCACGUGGAGUAUCAUUUUCCAUCAGAUCCAAAAUACUUCAACUUAAACUGAAUGGUCCAGCACAUCUUUUCACCGAGUUGGACACAGCAUCAGCGAUUCUGUAUAGGUUGAUUUCCUGAUGAAAAAUUUACUGUACAUACCUGUACAAUUGAUCUCUUUUGGAUUUUUUUGUACGGGGGGCAGUCACCCACUUUCAAUCUGUAAAUGUUAAGGUAGUUUCUGGUGCAAUUAGACUAUCUUGUGAAAUUCACGAUUGCUAUUCUUUAUACCAACUUCAGUUUUGCUAGGUGGGUUGAAGGGUGACCGAGUCCGUAGAUGCCAUACUUUGCUCCCUCUAUGGCAAUGAUACCAACAGUAGUCCCCCAGCUCUGUCACUCUGAGGGAGAUUAUCAACCCGGACAUUUGUUGAGAUUGGAUAUUGGAUCGGAAAGGUUGUUUUCAGAGCACGCGAAA